AUGGAUUGUAAGAAGAGAAGAAGUCGUCGCUUUACAGAGUGGGCAUUUACUGCAUUGGGGCGAGUUCUACAUUUUCUAAAAAACCACAAGUGGAAAGAUAUGAAUGAAGAAGCCUGCGAACAACUUCAAACUUUGUGGGAUGAACUUGAGAUGAGCAGAUUGGAUUUGAGUUGGCUGGAACCUCAUGUUAAAUCUGCUUUGAAUAUGAAACAAUAUCUGGAGAAGGCAACAAAGGUGAAACAGCUAAAACAAGACUUGCUGAUCUUGGAAAGGGAAAUUAACGCAAUGAAAGAAAAUCUUGCUGAAACAGAGCAAGCCUUUGAAAUGACAAGGGCAAAUUUAAUCAAAGAACAAUUAGGCUUCGGCUUUCAGGAGAAAGACUUGAAUACUGAAAUUGGUUAUGGGAAACCCGAGCUCUAUAUAUAA